AUGGUAAGUCUCUCGUUGUACCACGGAUCAAAGACUAGCUUGAUAUCUCACCUGCUAAUACUACUUAUCAUUGUAACAAUAGUUAUUGAAAUGUGCUUAUAUAAAAAAAUUUUCAAGAACCAGAGGUCUAACAAAAUUAGAGAUAGUUUUAACAAUGGUGGACAUAAAGUGCCUAACAUGGAUCAAACUCAGGGACCCAAUGUCGAUGGCGAAGGUUUUGUAUCAGGGGUUUAUUAUUCGAAUUGGUCACCUUACAAACCGAGAUUUCAUUUCCCGCACGACAUUAAUUUAACGCAAGUAUCACAUGUUUAUUAUGCAUUUUUCAGGAUUAAUCCUAGAACCGGAGGUAUAGAAAGCACCGAUAAUUGGUCAGACUUAGAAAUGAAUUUGUACAAACCGUUGGCAAUCAAAUCUUCAGAAUUAAUUGAUGGCAACUCGAGUAAUGAUAUACAGAAAAUUUUACCUUUAGGUUGCAUUGGUGAACUCUUUUAUUUGAAACACUCCUGCUCUGGUAAGAAAUUUAAAGUUAUCAUGUCAAUUGGAGGCUGGUCAGAUAGUGAAAAUUUCAAGGUCAUAAUAAAAAAUGAGAACUUACUGCAAGCUUUUGUUGAUUCUUCAGUAGAAACAAUGUUUAAAUUAGGGUUUGAUGGUAUUGACCUGGACUGGGAGUUUCCUGAAAACAACAAGUCAGAACCCCAGGGUUAUCUGAAAUUAGUCAGGAUGUUACGAUCGAAAUUGAAUAGUCUAGAGUCCCAAAUUUUCGGAGAAGGCGUCGAAGACCAUUUCCAGUUAUCUAUUGCGGCCCCUGCGUUCAAGGAUAAGUUAUAUUACUUGCCAAUCCCAGAGAUUGACCAGUAUAUUGAUUACUGGAAUAUGAUGACGUAUGAUUAUUAUGGCUCGUGGUCAGAGACAACGGGAUAUCAUAGCAAUUUAUUCAGCGAGACAGAAUUAAGUGGAAACUUUGCCAUACAUUAUAUGAUUGAUAAAUUUGGCAUCAAUUCCAGAAAGUUAGUUUUGGGAAUGGCAGCUUACGGAAGAAGUUUCCACAUCAAAGGUAGCGGUUUCCAACCAUUCACUCAGAAUACUAUUCUAAUCAAUCAAAGUUUCAAAGGCGUGGGAAAGCUUACUAAAGAAGUAAAUAAGGCUGAUGGUAAAGAAGGUAUCUGGCCAUAUAAAAACCUACCGAAGAAAGGCACAAUAGAACGGUAUGAUCCCAAGUACGUUUCAGCAUAUUGCUUUGACGAAAAGAAUUCGAUAUUCAUCAGUUACGAUAACACUAAAUCAGUAAAAACGAAGGCCGAAUACGUAUUGCAUAACAAGUUGGGUGGAGGUUUUUGGUGGGAGUCAUGUGGGGAGACUUACGCGAAUGAGUCAAGGUCACUAAUACACGCAUUUAACGAAGGUCUUCGCUCUAAUGUGUCCACAAAACCAUCCAUGUUUGAAAAUGAGAGGGUUGUAAACUUCUACCUGAAUAAAUAUGGUAAUAAUGGAUUUUUAACCCCGUAUUUAAAGCAUAUGGAUUCAUUUAAGCAGUGA